AUGUUUUUCAUAAAGGACCUAUCAUUAAAUAUAACCCUCCACCCAUCAUUCUUCGGUCCCCGAAUGAAACAAUUCCUAAAGACAAAACUACUACAAGAAGUAGAGGGCUCCUGUACGGGGAAAUUCGGAUACAUCCUCUGUGUCCUAGACUACGACAAGAUUGAAAUCGAACGUGGGAGAAUCCUCCCCACGGAUGGAUCUGCGGAAUUUCAAGUCAAAUACAGAGCCAUCGUCUUCAAACCUUUCAAGGGUGAAGUAGUGGAUGGUACUGUGGUGUCUUGCUCGCAACAUGGGUUCGAAGUCCAAGUGGGACCCAUGAAAGUGUUCGUUACUAAACAUUUAAUGCCCUCGGAUUUGAAUUUUAAUGCAGGUUCUAAUCCGCCAAGUUAUCAAAGUUCAGAAGAUGUUAUUACUAUAAAGAGUAGGAUUAGAGUCAAGAUUGAAGGGUGUAUCAGUCAAGUCAGUUCCAUUCAUGCCAUUGGAAGUAUUAAGGAGGAUUAUUUGGGUGCCAUUUAA